AUGCGCGACGCUCGCCAUCGUCCCACUGACUCUACUUACUCACCCGACGCCUUGCCUUUUCUCUUCAACCUGUGUGCCUCGACAGACAUGUCCUCAUCUCUUCUCUUCGGCUAUCCUCAGCUUGCCGUCAUCCCGAACGCCGGUGUUCUGGGCCUCGUCGCCUACUGCUUCGCCACCGUAGUGCCCCUCUGGUUCUUUGCCUGGCUCGGACCUCUGAUCCGCCGCAUUUGCCCUGACGGUUUUACUCUGGCCGAGUACAUCCGCCGCAGAUUCGGAUGGCCUGUCGGUGUCCUCUCCGGCUUGAUCUUUGUCGGAUUCAUGUUCUGCUUCAUGCUGGUCGAGCUCAACACCUACGGCUCUGCGGUCAACACGCUUGGUGGCGUCAACCCCACCAUCGCUGCUCUCAUCGUCGCCCUCAGCACCACCAUCUACACUGCGUACGGUGGAUUCAAGGCUUCGCUGUACACCGACAACGUCAAUGCCGUCAUCAUCCUGAUCUUCAUUGUCAUCGCUUCGGUCGCCGUCGGCGUCAAUCUCGACAUCGACCACGCUCGCGUCGAAUCAUCUGGCCUGCUCAGGCCACAGCGACUCGGCGGUGAGCUGUGGUACAUCCUGCCCGCCGCAAUCAUCUUCAGUCAGAUGUUCAACCAGGGCUUCUGGCAACGUGCCUUUGCUUCGAAGAACAACAAGACUCUGUACCUCUCGGUCAUCUUUGCCACCAUCCCGCUGUUCGCGGUCUGCAUGCUGGUCGGAAUGGCGGGACCGCUUGCUUGGUGGUCCGGCUUGUUCAACGGUCCCACGGCCGAGGACGAUGGAUCGUUGACUUUCUUCUACAUCCUCAACACGCUCCCCAACUGGCUCACUGGGAUCGUCAUUGUCCUGUGCGGUUGUCUCUCUUCCUCGGCGUACGACACUUUCCAGUCGGCCCAGAUCUCGACCAUCCAGAAUGAUGUCUUCCUGGGUCGACUCAACAUCUGGUGGUGUCGAGCCAUCCUGGUCCUCAUCAACGUUCCGUCCGUCGUCCUUGCGGUCAAGAACAUUGAUAUUCUCGAGGUGUUCUUGAUCGCGGAUCUCGCGGCGAUUGCCUGUAUCCCCGCGUUCCUGCUCGGUCUCGUACCCCAGCUGUACUUCCUCAACGGACUCGAUGCUGUUGGCGGAGCCGUCGGAGGCUUCCUCACCGUAUUCCUGUUCGGCACCGUGUUCUUCCGCUCCGCGGCUCAAGGAAUUGCGCUCAUCGGACUUCCCAACGGCCUCUACAUCGACGACUACAGCGUGCUGGGUGCCUUCAUCGCCGCACCGCUCGGAAGUCUCGGCUGGACGUUUGUCACCUUCGGAAUUAGAGCAACGGUCAUGUGGGUGUGGUGCAGGAGGACGGGCGAGAAGUUCAGCGUGUUCGAGUACAGGGAGUUCGAUGUUGCCGGGUGGGCGUUGCCGGAGGACAGGCCGGCUGGGUUCGCGGGUCUGCAUGGUAGUGGAAACCCGAACGAUGGGAGGAAGUUGGAGGAGGUAGAGGGGGAGGUCAGCGAUGAUGGAUCGAGCGCCAAGGUCGGACAGCAGACGAGGGAAGUCUAG